UUCACUUUCUUAGCACGCAGUAGCCCGAGCCGAAUGUGUUUUGAUUUCACAACAUUGCUUAUAGUCAUUUGUGAUUAAUUUUUAAUUGAUUCUAAAAUUAUGUCUUUGGUCCGGAACUCAUCCCGAUUGCUGCGGUCACAGCUGAAGCGGGUGCAAAGUGUGCCAGUGGCUUUAUAUCAUGAAAAUGUCGUUGAACACUACGAGAAUCCCCGCAAUGUCGGUUCGCUAGACAAAAAAGAUAUUACUGUCGGCACUGGCCUCGUAGGCGCUCCCGCCUGCGGUGAUGUGAUGAAAUUGCAGAUCAAAGUCGAUGAAAAUGGCAAAAUUAUUGAUGCUAAAUUCAAAACUUUUGGCUGUGGCUCAGCCAUUGCCAGCAGUUCGUUGGCCACCGAAUGGGUAAAAGGCAAAUCUAUCGAUGAGGCUGGCAAAUUGAAGAAUACAGAUAUCGCCAAGGAGUUGCGUUUGCCCCCCGUCAAAUUGCAUUGCUCCAUGUUGGCUGAAGAUGCCAUCAAAGCUGCAUUGGCCGACUAUAAAGUCAAGCAGCAGAAGAAGGAUUAAAUGGCGAAAUUCUACAAGCCCAGAUGAAUCUAAUCAACAACAAUAACAAACAACCUUAUAAUAAUUGAAUUGAAUUAUUUUUGCAUUAGAAUUUAGUCGCUUUGAAGCUUUUUUAGUGAGUGAUUGCUGAUAAGUCUAUAUAUGAGUGAGUGUGUUUGGAAUGGAUCUUGACUGGAGGGUGGAUUGAAUGCGUGUGUGCGUGUCUGUUUAAAUAUUAAUGUGAGUGUUGUUAGAGAAGGGGAUAUUUAAACGAUAUUGAAAUUAUACGUUAUGCAUAACUAUAAAAUACAAAAAAAAGAAAUUAAAUAAACUUCUAUAUAUUUGUUCGCAUUAAA